GCCUUUUCCUCAUCCUUCGAUCAGCUGCCACGUGGUAUCCGCCGCAAGCAUGCGAGCUUCCAUCAUCAGAGACGACAUCGAGGAGAUGGGGGUGAGUUUUCUCCACGCCCUCCCGCCACAUGACGCUUCAUCGACGGACUCACCUUCGGAUCCACGCAUCACCGAACUUCUCGACGCCUACAGCCACGUGUUCGAAGGCCCGCAUGGAGUAGUACCGGAUCGACCCAUCCGCCACGAGAUCAUACUCGAGGACGGGGCCGUACCUCCGCGCGGUUGCAUCUACCGAAUGAGCGAGGAAGAGUUAAGUGUGCUUCGGGCACAACUCGACGACCUUCUAGGGAAAGGCUGGAUUCGGCCUAGCUCAUCGCCAUACGGUGCUCCUGUUCUCUUCGUCCGGAAGAAGAACAAGGAUUCGCGGUUGUGCAUCGAUUAUUGCAAGCUCAACGCGCAGACGAUCAGGAACGUCGACCCUCUCCCACGCAUCGACGACCUUCUCGAGCGAUUGGGCUACGCCCAGUUCUUCUCUAAGUUGGAUCUCAAGUCAGGGUACCACCAACUCGUGAUUCGCAAGGAGGAUCGCWACAAGACCGCGUUCAAGACUCGGUAUGGGCAUUUCGAAUGGCUGGUCAUGCCAUUUGGCCUUACGAAUGCCCCAGCCACUUUCCAAGCGGCUAUGACGACGGAGUUCCGACACAUGCUGGAUCGUUUCGUACUUAUAUACCUCGAUGACAUUCUGGUUUACAGCCGGAGUCUGGACGAGCAUGUGGAACACCUGCGCACCGUUUUGGAGCGGCUACGACAGGCCAAGUACAAAGCAAACCGCGACAAGUGCGAGUUCGCACAGCAGGAGCUGGAGUACUUGGGACACUAUGUGACGCCGCAAGGCAUUCGUCCGCUUGCGGACAAGAUCGAGGCCCUACGAGUAUGGCCCGAGCCCACCAACACCACGGACGUUCGUUCAUUCAUCGGGUUGGCGGGCUACUAUCAUCAAUUCAUCACCGGAUACUCCAGGAUUACUGCACCUAUGACGAGGUUACAGUCGCCAAAGGUGCCAUUCGUAUUCCAUGACGACGCACGCCGGUCAUUCCAAGCACUUAAGACGGCUAUGCUCAUGGCACCCGUCCUUAGCAUUUAUGACCCCACCCUGCCGACGCGAGUAACUAUAGACGCUUCCGGCUAUGGCAUUGGGGCAGUCUUGGAACAGCACGACGGCGACGACUGGAACCCUGUGGAGUAUUUCAGCCACAAAGUGCCUCCCAUCAACUCGCUUGAUGAUGCAAGGAAGAAGGAGCUGCUCGCAUUGGUGAUGGCUCUCAAACGCUGGCGGCACUUCCUCCUUGGGCGUCGUAGGUUCACAUGGAUCACAGACAACAAUCCAUUGACCUACUACAAGACGCAGGACACGGUCUAGGGAUCGAGCCCAACAAGGCUCAAGACAACCAGGCAAACAAAGCCAACAAACAAAC